CUAUGUUUAUAUUAUUACUAUCUCAAGUAAAGCAUAUACUGUCUUUGACUAACCCACGCUAUUUAACCUCAUAGUGGAUCCAUUGAGCUGCAAGUAAGGAUACCUAUGUUUACGGAAUAUGUUGGACCCCCUUUAACCUAACUGAACUCCCAAUUAAGAGCUAUGUACAAUACCUAGGUAGUAAUUGCGAAGAUACCUAAACAGGUAGGCAAACGUGAAACUCCACUUAGUAACAAAAAUUAUUUAGAGAAUAGAUUCUAGUUAACAGAGGUUAGCUAGUUAGAUGUUAGUUAGUUGCUAAUGGACAUGGAUACGAAUUCAUUUCAUUUAGGAUCUUCGAUGUAACAUUUCUUAUCACCAGAUCCACCAAUACGCCGUGCCAUUGGUCGUUGUCUUUAACCUAGCUCGGAGCUUCAUGCGUAAAAACCGCUUGAAAAGGCCAUGAUUUCCAGUCUGGUCGAUCAUAAAUAUUUUGAAACUUCGCAGCAAUGUUUUGGUAAUGGUCUCCUCCGCAGCUGUUCAUCAUGCCGGAUCUUAAAUGCCUGGCUUUGCUGUCGGCCUUCGUCUUCUUAGACAUUGUCGCCGCACAGGAGACCGGCUUGGGCACGUGCACCGACGUCCACAUCUUUCUGUCUCGAGGGAACAAUGAGCCGUAUCCCGGCCGUCAGGGAAAGCUCGUGCAGGCUAUCUGCUCGGGGCUCGAGAGCUGCGACUACGAGGACGUCGCGUUCGAUAAUGCUCUGGCAGUUGAAUACUGCAGCGCCGUGGAGGCAGGUCGCAAAGCUGGCAUUGCCCAGAUAACCGACUACAACAAGCGAUGUCCGGAUACGAAGCUUGUUGUGAGCGGCUACUCUCAGGGCGCCCAUGUUUUGGGCGACAUCCUUGGUGGCGGUGGCGGUGUUUUCUUUCAGGACUGCACGACGCCUACGGUUCCAGGCUUAGAUCCAAAUUCAGCCCCUGGCAAUUCGAUUUCAGUUGCCCUCCUUUUUGGCGAUACCCGUCAUACUGCCAACCAGCCGUAUAAUACACUAGAAGGUGCGACUAUCAAUGGUUUAUUCCCUCGAAGUGGCCAGCAACUUGAGGGCAUCAACAACUUUGCAGGCGUGCUCCGAGACUGGUGUCAGGGGGAUGAUCCAAUUUGCGCAGCGGGAGAUGGUAAAGGAACAUACAAUGUCCAACACCAUUUAAACUACUUUGAUGUCUACUCCGACGCAGCGGCGGAAUGGGUUAAAUCGAUGCUGGGCGAGGCCACCACACCGACACCGACAUCUGGGUCUACAUCUGGGUCUACAACUGUGUCGAGUAGCACUGCUACAUCGACUGCAAGUAGCACAAGCACGGCUGUUGAGGAGACAAGUUCUGGGGUAACAGCCUCCGAAACCACGGCAUCAGAAACACAGAGUGUGUCUAUUACAUCGGCAUCUAUGAGUUUAAGCUCUCCAUCUUCAACUAGCACUUCGACGCCCCUUCCAGAAGGUACAGAUUCAGGCACUGCUGCUACGCCAACAGCGUCGUCUACAGCCCAAGGAGGAAGCGUUCAAGGUGUUUGGUGCUACAAAGGUUAUAUCGGCUUAUCCAUAUUGUACUCAUUUCUUUUUGCAAUCGCUUAAUCGUCUAGCCUACCUCGUAUGAAAUUUAAUGCUCUAUCGAUGGAGUGGGUAAAAGAGCUGUACGUCACGGUCAAUGAUGAUAGCGAAGGGGAAAACUUUGAACCAUCUGGCCUGGACAUACUGGUUAUGAAAUCAAUAAUUACUCCUUUUCGCUAUAGAGCUAGGUAUCCACCUAGUGACGCUGAUCUCUAACUGUGUCGUAUUUUACCUUUUUUCCUUUUUGCGAGGUCCAUGCUUAGUAGUAGUAGUCAUCAUCGCGGUCGCCGUUCUUUCAGCUUCGGUACUGCGUAUCCUUAGACUUAAUUCAAGGUUAUCUAAAGCUUUGCUGCAAACUGAGCAGGCAUGCGUAUUGUACUGUCUUGGAAUAUAACCAUAGCUGAUACUCCCAG